GUUCUCGCGGCGUACCGAGGAUGCCGCCUAUCACGACCCAACGACACUUCAGUCACGAAGACGAUGCCGAACCGAGUUUCGCAUAUACUUGCCCGUCCUGGCCAUCAUAUGCCUCGGCAUCCUCUCCCUACCUCUGCUGGCAACACAGGUCACGCAAUCAACCAAGCCCCGUGGCCCCUUGCACUGUAGGAGGCACUGAGUGCCGGCUGUAUCUUCGACUUCGGACACGUCAUCUGGCUGCCGCCCGAGUGCUACGAUGCCCGCCAAGCUGCCGAGUUCCUCGCGCAAGGGCCCCUGCUGAUGCCGACAAUGCCGACAAUGCCGCCGAUACCGCUGUCGCGCAAUCGCGUUAACAUGACAGUCAAGGAGGUCGGCUUCGCGACCCAGGACGUUCGAAAGACAAUGCAAUACCACCUCGACCACUGCGCAUACUCUUGGAGGGUCUGGCAUGAGGUGAGGACCGCGGGACCAAAUAUGCCAAGGUAUGUAGUGGAGUUGGAACAUACACACCACUGUACCAUGAUACUCAUGGACACCUCUAUCGCCGCAGACGCCAUCACGGCGACGAUCCAUGUUGGCGCUCAUAAGUGUGUUGACCCUUGAGGGAUUCGGUUCUUUUGCGGCACACCAGCCAUAGUAACUCAUCAAUGACGCUUCUUCAGUAGGAACCGCGUUCUAGAUAUCCAAGUCGCGUAGCUGGAGACCUGAUGGAUCUACGCAUGCCCCCUCAGCGAAGCUGGCGUGCUGGGGCUCAAUCCGUGUAUGUGUAAUACUUGAAAUGAGGCGCUAUCGUGGAAUCGACAGUACCUCCCGCACUCUAUCUGUCAGCCUAGUCCCCCCUAGCUAUAAAGCCGUAAGGGUGGAAGAAUCGCCUCCAUAUCUACACAUGUACAAGUUUUACUUUCUUCUUUUGCACUGCAUAAAGCAGAUACCAACCUCCCUCCCUUUCUACUAGUAGAACUUCCUGCCCCCCAGAACUAGAAAAAAUGUUCUAGCAGUACACUGCCACU